AUGCCACACAUAUGCUUUGCAUUAUUUCAGGCCCUGACGAAGGCGAAGCAGCCGAAAAGUUGGCCAAAUAAACUGUUCAAUCUUAAGAGGCUUAAAGAAGAUUUUUCGUUAUCAUAUAUCAUGCCAAGUUUGCAAGGAAGUCGAUCGUGGACUAUAAAGAGCAAAUCCAUCUCCUUCCCGACCUCACCGCAAUUGAAAACUUACACAGCUCUAGGAGCGCGAGUGACGGAUAACGGAAAAAACACUUUCUCUUUCCACUCAUUUUCGGAACUAUAG